AUGGCUGCACUCCGCCUGCCCCCCUCUCUGCCUGUGUCUCUCUGCCUGUGUCUCUGCCACCUGCCUGUCUCUGUCUCGGUAUCUCAGGGCGCGUCUCUCCCGCGUUCUUCGGGCAUCUCUGCGUGUUUAUCUCUGAGUGUCUCCGACCCGCCGCAGUCCUGCGUCCCCCCUCCCAACCGGCUCCAGCGGUUCAAGCGCUCGCUUUCCCUCAAGACCAUCCUCCGAAGUAAGAGCGUGGAGAACUUCUUCCUUCGCUCAGGCUCUGAGCCCAAGUGCCCCACCGAGGUGCUGCUGACACCGCCAACCCCACUGCCCCCUUCCUCCCCACCACGGGCACCCACAGACAGGGGCCUGCCCACCCCGGCACCCUCCCCCUGCCCCGUCCCACGUCCCCUGGCAUCUCUCAAACCAGUGAGGCUGCACAGCUUCCAGGAACAUGUCUUCAAGCGAGCCAACCCCUGUGAGCUGUGCCGCCAGUUCAUUGUAGGAAACUCCAAGCAGGGCCUGCGGUGUAAGACAUGCAAAGUCAGUGUCCACCUCUGGUGCUCCGAGGAGAUCUCCCACCAGCAAUGCCCAGUCAAGACGUCCUCCUCCUUCCGUCGCAACUUCAGCUCCCCCCUCCUGGUGCAUGAGCCGCCACCAGCCUGUUCCACAAGCAGGGAGUCCCCGCCCACUGGUGGAUCGUUGGCAGGCGCCAGCGGGAAGGUGGACCCCGUCUACGAGACCCUCCGCUAUGGCACCUCCUUGGCACUGAUGAACCGCUCCAGCUUCAGCAGCACCUCCGAGUCCCCCACACGGAGCCUGAGUGAGCGGGAAGAGCUGACGGAGGAUGGGGAAAGCAGCAUCCGGAGCUCCGAGGAGGGCCCUGGCGACAAUGUGUUCACAGCCCCGGCAGAGAGCGAAGGGUCGGGACCAGAGGAGAAGAGCCCUGGACAGCAGCCCCCCAAGCACCCGCUGCGGAAGGACGUGGGCCCCAUGUACUCCUAUGUUGCGCUCUACAAGUUUCUGCCCCAGGAGAACAACGACCUGGCUCUACAGCCUGGAGAUCGGAUCAUGCUGGUGGAUGACUCUAACGAGGACUGGUGGAAGGGCAAGAUUGGCGACCGGGUUGGCUUCUUCCCAGCCAAUUUUGUGCAGCGGGUGAGGCCGGGCGAGAAUGUUUGGCGCUGCUGCCAACCCUUCUCCGGGAAUAAGGAACAGGGUUACCUGAGCCUCAAGGAGAACCAGAUCUGUGUGGGCGUGGGCAGGAGCAAGGAUGCUGACGGCUUCAUCCGCGUCAGCAGCGGCAAGAAGCGGGGCCUGGUGCCAGCCGACGCCCUGACCGAGAUCUGAGAGGAGCCAAGAGAACCCAGAUGCCACCCCUGCCUGUGCCUGGCCCUCGCUUCUGGUCCCGGGAGGGGAGCAGGCAUCUGCCCACACUCUUCCUCCCUCUGCCUCUCUCCUGGCGGCCAUUCACCAUGGCUUGGGAGGCUUCUGCACUGAGGAAGGUUUCAUUUCUUGGGUCCCACGGUGUCCUGAGAGAUGUGCUCCUCUGGGACUUGGGGAUGGGGGUGGAGGAGAGAAUAGGGGGAUGGGGAAGCUUCCAGGUAGGACCACCCCGUGCCCAGGCACCCCCAGUCCAGUUGCCGUGCUGAGCCCAGCCCUGAGGGGCAUUCUUGGGGGAACGUCCCUGCUGCUUCUUCCCCAGAGCCUCCCUGUGCCCACACCAGCUUUGCAUGACACGCCCUCUCCCGCGGAGCCUCUGCUUGGGUCUAAUUGUGUGCGGCCCCGCCACGGCCACGCCGCCCCCGUGGCAGUGAGUGCCUUCCCGGCCUCUCAGCCUCUGCCCCAAAGUGCUGCCCUGUGUCGCUGACAGACGGGGUGGGAGGGGAUUCAUUCGGGGCCACGGGAGGGUCCUGAGUCCAUCUCCUGGUCUCACUGCCUCUGUCACUCCAUCAAUUCUCAGGAAAGUCCUGCAGGAACCUCUCCCAUUACUUGAAAUCUGGGCGGACAGAGGAGGGGAGGGCUGAGGGCGGGAGGAUGUGUGGCACAUCAGAGACUGUCCCCUGGAGAACAGUCACCACAGAGCAGCCGCACCCUAACCUACCCUGGCUCACGGGAAAAGGACAGCCAAGAGCAACCUGAACACAGAAACCCGACUGAGAACAAAACACCCCCCUUUCAUUGUCAGGACACGAAAAGCCCCCCAGCAGCAGGACCCAGCAGCCAGGGGCGCCGGACAGGAGGCCCCAGGAGCCCCAGCCUCAGGGCUGCCUUCCAAACGGCCUUCCUCACCCCUCUCCCUGCGCUCUGCAGUGAGGGUCCCUUUCUGGCUGCAUUUGCUCCCUUGUCCUGGACACAGAGCCCAGGGAGGAAGAGGGCGGGAGCGGCUGGGAAGGUGGGUGGUGGUGUGGCCACCAGGAAAGGCAGGGAGAAGGCACCCCGGGCGGGUGGGCACACUGAGAUGAACACUCCCUCGCAGGUUGCUUUUCUCUGGUGCCAGUUUCCCUCUCCCCCCAGCUCAGAGCCUCCUCUAGUGUCCUUGAUCCUUGAUCGUGCCAGCUGACGCCACCCCCACCCUGGGCACAGUCAUGCCCUCCCAUGCGGUGGGAGGGACACGUGGUCUUACCCACUGGCCCCUGCCCCACGUCUCCCCCGCCCCCCGCAGAGGGGGACUCAAGCCACACUGCCCUGUUUGCUGCCUUGAGGCCCCUCAGCAACACCCCAGGGGCGGCCCGUUGCCCACUGUACAUCCGGCUGCAUGACGGUCUGCUGGGGCACCGCCAAGCCCCGGGACCCUAAUUAAACGUUUCUUGUCCCA